UAACACUUUAACACUAGUGACUGCCGUGUUCUCGGUAAAAAGAGAGAGGUCGGCGUAUGAGGUAUGAGGUUUUAUCAUACCUGAUGCUGUUACGUGUCUUACAUGUGUUAGAGGAGCCUUGGCUUGGAUAAGGUACCACCAUGACUACCUAUUGGACACUGUUACUAAUACUUCUUGCUGCAGAAAUACCCGUCUCGCAGGCAGUUUUCGACUAUGCUACGGAAAGCGAUCUUCGAACUCUUAUAUUUACAACAAAUGGUUACCGGAUACAAACAAGGCCAGCUGAAACGGUUGAUGUCAGCAUCACCUUCAGCAUUCUUACGUUCAACACUCUGGAUGUCCGAGCUCAGUCUUUGACCACUACUGGCUAUUUCGAAUUGUCCUGGUAUGAUUCUCGACUUGAGUGGAGCAAUCAUUCGACCUAUAGCCGUAUUUUUGUUAUAUACUCAAAUGAAGACACGGUGUGGCGACCACCUCUCAUCCUGUCAAAUUCGGUAAAUGACAUUUCUGUUAUGAGCGACUCUGCCAUUCCAAUACGUAUCCUCCUUGAUGGAACCAUCACAUGGACACCGGCUGGGAUAUAUCAGACACUCUGUGAGACGGAUGUUACAUAUUAUCCGUUUGAUACACAAGUUUGUGAUAUCACCAUAAGUACGUGGGGUUACACAUCAACCGAAAUCAGUCUUUAUUUUGAUUCAUCACCUGUCGACACUACCUAUUUCACCGAAAACGGAGAGUGGGAGUUUACUUCAUCUUCUACCAGUACGACAACAAACCAACGACGUGGAAAAUCAUUUUCUUCGUUGACGUUUCAUAUGAAUCUCAAGCGACGGCCGAUGUACCAUGUUCUGAAUACUUUGACUCCGACAAUUUUACUAGCCUUUCUUAGUUGCAUGGCGUUCAAACUACCGCCGGAGUCGGGCGAGAGGAUUGGCUACAGUCUCACAGUUCUGCUUUCCUACGCUGUAUAUUUAACUCUGGUAUCCACUAACAUUCCUACUACGUCCGUCAACACAUCUUUACUGUCUGUGUACCUCGUAUUAAUUCUGGCCUUGGGUAUGGUAUCCGUGUUGUUAACCAUCUUGGUUCUGGAAUGUCACCACACCGACCCGGAAAAGAAAGUUCCAAAAUGGCUUCUUAACAUUUUAAACUUUCUGAUGAUGAUCACAUUCCAGAAAAGGAAAAGUGAUUUUCGGUGUUGUUGCUUACCUGGCCAGCGAAAGAAUGACGUCGAGACUUUGGAAACACCUAAUCAACAGCAAAAAGACAAAACACCAACGAAGGAUGGCAGCAUCGGUGCAUUAGCCACUAACAAUUAUGUAUCGGGUACCACUUACACAUGGAUAGAGAUCGGUCAGCAUUUAGAUAAGAGUUUUCUAAGGUUAUUUUUGUUCAUUGUUCUCGUAUCGACGAUGGCUUUCACACUGACUCUAGGAAUUGUGUAUGCUAUCGGUUAACAACAUACAUAAUUUGUCAGAUUCGCAAUAAGACCAAGUAUCAAGGUUCCUAAUCGAUUCCUAAUGAAGAAACAUGGCAUCGAGGUGGAUUGGUUGGGUUUGCUUUUAUUUGUUUAACGUCCUAUCAACAGCUAAGGUCAUUUAAGAGUAUGACUUUCAGGUCUUGUGGUUGAGAUUUUGAAAUUUGACAUUUUCUUCUCACGUGCUUUGUGUCACGUGAUCAUUUGUUUACGAAAUCUGGAAUCAUUUUGACGUCGCAUCCUCGUGUUCAACUUGUGACUUUAUGUGCUUACUGCUACUGAAACUAAAUCCGUUCUGUGUCGAAAACUAUUACGUUCACCCCAUUAAUUGUAAAAUAUUUAUGAUAGCGAUUUGUUCGACAAGGAUUUUGAUGAUUAUAUUGCAUGAUAAGUAAGCACAAAACUCAGUAAUCCAGUAAUUAAAGAAAUUCGAGCUUCCUUUCAAAAUGUUAUGGUUGAAUGAAACGUAUACAAUUUGUUUAGAACUGAAUUGAAUGAUAACGAUACAAGAGAUUACAAUGCUAUUAUUUUGACAGAGCAAUUACAUAAUUUGAAAAAAAAGUAAUGAUAAUUAUGAAUGUUUUAAACGGCGACCUUGAAACUCAACUUGUCCCGAGAUAUUAUGGUCCAUUGUAUUUCUGUAAAGUUUGAUAUAACCCCCAUACCAAGUAAUGAAGCCGGUAGACCGCUGACAUAGGUGUGCAUUGGUUUCACAUAUACGUACGUACACAGACGGACAGAGAGGGAAGUCCCACUCUCAUUUUUUUACCGACGGCUGAGGACUAUAAGAACUAUUAACAACAGUCCGAUCUCACAGAAACAUUCCAGAUCAAAACUAAGAGUCUAAACUCCGACAGUAACAGCAGAUUGCACCAUAUUGUGUACAUUUAGUUUGUCAUCGUUAAAGAAUUAUCCAACUGCAGGUAUUAAAUUUUGAAAAACGUUUAACUAGCAUCAGUUUGUCGCAUAGUUGUUCAUGACAAAUAUAUUUGAAAGUAAUAA